AUGAACCCUGAAUACGACUACCUGUUCAAGCUCCUGCUCAUCGGUGACUCUGGUGUCGGAAAGUCCUGUCUGCUGCUCCGUUUCGCAGAUGACACAUACACGGAGAGUUACAUCUCGACUAUCGGUGUCGACUUUAAAAUCCGAACCAUCGAACUCGAUGGCAAGACUGUAAAGCUACAAAUCUGGGAUACCGCUGGCCAGGAGCGUUUCCGAACCAUCACAUCCUCAUACUACCGUGGCGCCCACGGCAUCUGCGUCGUCUACGAUGUCACCGAUAUGGACUCUUUCAACAACGUGAAGCAGUGGCUGCAGGAGAUUGACCGAUAUGCGACCGAGGGCGUCAACAAGCUAUUGGUGGGCAACAAGUCCGAUAUGGCUGACAAGAAGGUCGUCGAGUACACUGUUGCAAAGGAAUUUGCAGACAGCCUUGGCAUUCCUUUCCUCGAGACCUCGGCGAAGAGCGCUACCAACGUCGAGCAGGCGUUCUUGACCAUGGCUCGUCAGAUCAAGGAGCGCAUGGGUACCACAACGGCAAACACCAAGCCUACAGUUCCCAUCGGACAAGGCCAGGGUGUUCAAAGCGGCUCCGGAGGUGGCUGCUGCUAG